AUGCAACCGCGGUCAAACCUGGGCGGGAUUCAGCAACGAACAUCUCCGCGUCGUCAUCUCCGGUCCACAACUGCGUCGCACGCUGGAGCAGGAACAGUGCUCGCAACCGCUCUAGUUUGGUUAGAGAGGCCGGAGAGGACCUUGUUGGACCAGAGAUCGGAGGCGACCUUCGUUUCCGAAUCUCUCGUCCAGGCGCUCCGCAUACCCAAACGGCCCGCGACUAUCACCAUGACGGGUGCGGGGGACGCGCCGCUUGUACAUCCAGUGUGGCUGCCGUGCGUGAGAAUUGAGCUCACCACCCCUCUGGACGUGAUAGGAACAAGCGACAGCCGUCAUCAGGGUCCACGCUUCGUGCACGAGACUGCGGACAGUGUGCAAGGAUCACGCAAGAAAGGACUGCUAGCCGCCAGGAAGCAACGGGCAUCCUUCGUGCACGUCAUGGAGGCAGCAAAGGCAUUCUUUACUGAGCGCGGGUCUGUGAAGGCCAGGCUCACCAUAUUUAAAAGGUUUCUCGAGUCCGAGAGCGCGAACGCGGAUCUAACGGCCCUCGAAAAACGCGUAAGAGCAAAUGAGAGCCUGUACGAACUUUUCAAUAACGUCCAGACUCGAAUAGAAUGCGCCGUCAUAGGUACCCCGCAAGAAGAAGCGCAGUUAGCCGAGCGCGAGCAAUUUGAGGACUCGUAUUUCAGUGCGAUGUCCAAGGCCGAAGCACGCCUAUUAGAAGCUCGUGGCGACUCCGCUACCGCUACGAAUAGUUCGAAUCGCGUUACACCGUCGUUGUCCGAUGCCUUGCCCGCGGUUCGUCUACCCACAAUCAAACUCCCCAUAUUUGAAGGGGAUUGUAACCAAUGGAUCCGUUUUCGGGACACAUUUAUCUCGUUGGUGCACGAUAGCGAAAGAUUAGGUGACAUCGACAAGUUCAAUUACCUAACGUCGUCGGUGACGGGAGCGGCCGCUCGCGUCAUCGAAUCAUACAGUGUUUCUGCAGCCAACUACAAAUUAGCUUGGGAACGGCUGCAGGAAAAAUAUAAUGAUCCGAAGUUGCUCGCGACCCACCACUUAAACUCCCUAUUAGAUGUAGAGCCACUAAAGAAGCCGAGUGGCAAAGGGCUCAGCGAAUUUGUAGAUACUGCAAUUAAUAACGUGCGUGCUCUCGAAUCAAUUCUCAAACCCGCGGAACUUUGGGAUGCGCUCAUUAGCGCCUGUUUAGCUAGAAAACUAGACGCGGGUUCUCUAGACGAAUGGGAUAAGCGUACCACGAACUCAAGUUCGUUGCCCACCUUUCGUAAACUAUCAAAGUUCCUAGAACAGCGGUCCCAAUAUCUCGACCGAAGAGAAUCUAGUAGAUCGAGCGUUAGCAAGGAUGGAGCUGAUCGCCCAAGGAAUAGAGUGCAUAGUGAAAGAGCCAUCAGGACCUUUGUACCCGCGACUCAUGUUGCGAGCAAAAUAGGUAAAUGUGUAGUAUGCAACGAGCAGCACGUGAUUGCGCAGUGUCCCAAAUUUCUAGCCAUGCCCUUUUCAAAAAGAUUCGACACGGUGAAGCAAUCACGGUUGUGCUUCAACUGUUUACUGCCUGGCCAGAGUGUCAAAUCGUGUACUCGGUCAAAGUGUCGAAAAUGCGGAAAACCACACAACACCUUGCUCCAUAGAGAGACGACUUCUCAGGAAAGUCUGGUCAGCAAGGAAGACCGCGAGCCAUCCUCGUCGAACGUGUUACAAGCAUGCUCCGCUAACGUCCACUCUGAUUGCGUAGUUCUAUCAACAGCAUCGGUGUUAGUAGCCGAUGGCAAGGGAAGGUAUCACAAAUGCCGAGCAUUGUUAGAUUUAGCGUCGCAGGCCAAUUUCGUGACUAGAGAAUUUUGCGAGCGCAUGGGGUUGCCUUGUCUGCCCACCGAGAAGAUGGUCGGUGGCUUGGGACGAGUGCAAAGUAGAGUCCAAUCCUCCGCUCAGAUAAGGUUAAAAUCCGCAUCGGGCCAUUUCAAAUCGCGUCUUUCCUGUUUGGUGAUAGAAACUAUCACGGAGGAAAUGCCCAACAUCCCUUUGGACAAGAUCAGAGUUCCGGUACCAACCGGAGUAGAAUUAGCCGAUCCUGAGUUCCAGACGCCGGGUCGGAUUGACUUGUUAAUAGGAGCAGGAAUCUUUUGGGAUCUCCUAUGCGUCGGUCAGAUCAAAUUGGGAACCGGGAAUUUAACAUUGCAGAAAACCCGACUCGGCUGGUUGUUAGGCGGUAGUCUGCGAGAUCCGACACAGCAAUCAAGGACCGUGUUCUUUCACGCGGCAACCAAUACCGAACUAGAGAAUAGUUUGUCGCGUUUUUGGGAGGUCGAGGAAAUUAGUCCCCUGUCCGAUCCCCGCGAUCCUUGUGAACAGCAUUUCACCAGAAACACAAGGCGCGAUAAGGAAGGGCGUUUCAUCGUAGCCAUCCCAUUUAAUGAGAGGCUUCACCAAUUAGGCGAGUCGCGCACUCAAGCGGAGCGGCGAUUGAUUAAUCUAGAGCGCAAGUUCAAAAAAAAUCCUGACCUGCACGCACAAUACAACGAGUUUCUCUGCGAAUACCAGGGCCUAGGCCAUAUGUCAAAACUGAAUCCGAAAGAUAUAGGAGGGGUCGUUGACUGCAUUUACCUGCCUCAUCACGCAGUGAUAAAGAAGGAUAGCACGACCACCAAACUUCGGGUCGUUUUUGAUAGUUCGGCAAAUACCUCCUUGGGUAUUUCGUUAAAUGAAACUCAAAUGGUAGGCCCUCCAAUGCAAGACGAAUUAUUCAGCAUACUGCUGAGAUUUCGCAAACAUUCCAUCGUUCUUUCUGCGGACGUAGCGAAGAUGUAUAGGCAAAUCCUGGUCAGAGAGAAAGAUCGACACUAUCAACGCAUUCUUUGGCGGUUUUCGGAGGAUGAGCCAAUAAGUGAAUAUUGCCUCAAUACGGUAACCUAUGGAACAGCCUCAGCAUCAUAUUUAGCCACUCGCGUUUUGCAUCAGGUAGGCAAAGAUUGUGCGCAAUUGCUACCCCGCACCAGCGAAACAAUUCUAAGGGACUUUUAUGUUGAUGAUCUCUUAACUGGAUGCGAGACCUUUAAGCAGGCGCUUGAACUGCAAAAUUCGCUAAUAUCAACCCUGGCGAAAGCGGGUUUUCCACUCAGGAAAUGGGCCAGCAACGAUCCCAGAUUGACUGACCAGCCGCACGGUGAUAACCAAAGCCUAGAAUUCAAAUCUUUAAAUCGAGAACCCAAAACAUUAGGUCUUCUAUGGUCUGCGGCUGAUGACAAAUUAGGCUAUAGCUCUGAAUACAACUUGUUCCCAAAGUUGAUCCCACCGCGCGCUCCACACUUUGGUGGUUUAUGGGAACGUGGGGUUCGGUCAGUAAAAAGACAUCUGAGACGCGUGAUAGGGGAGCAAAGGCUCACAUUCGAGGAAAUGUGCACGAUACUGGCGCAAAUUGAAGCCUGCCUCAAUUCCCGUCCCCUACAUCCAUUGUCUUCCGAUCCAUCCGAUCUCAACCCAUUAACCCCUGGUCACUUCCUUGUGGGAGAAGCAUUAACGACUCUACCUCAUGCCGAUCUCACUGAUAUUCGUCAAAAUAGACUAAAUAGAUUUCAGUUGCUACAGCAAACGGUCCAACACUUUUGGCGGCGAUGGCAGCGAGACUAUCUACAUAAUCUCCAGCAACGCCAUAAAUGGAAGCAGGGACACGGCAAUCCUCUCAAGGUCGGGGACAUGGCCCUUAUCAAGGAGGACAACCUUCCACCCCUGAAGUGGGCAUUAGGACGCGUGGUUGAGCUGCAUCCGGGUCAGGAUGGUAUCUGCAGAGUGUUCACCAUUCGCACUACCCGUGGAAUGCUCAAGAGACCAGCGUCUAAAAUUUGUAUGCUGCCCAUUGUUGUACUAGUUUAUAACCAUUAG